AUGACAAGAGAGGAAUUACUCUUACAAACAUUACAAGGGCUUAAGACUAAUAUCGAGCGACAACCAUUUUUCGUCAUCGAUUUUCAAUUCAGUUACAAAACAGAUGUUGCCACAAUGCCUGUUGAGGUUGCAAUUAAACCGUUUUUAUUAGGGUCAAGUCAACAAUAUGAUGGUUUUCAUCAAAUCAUUAACAGACCAGUUCCAUUCCAAUACUUUCUCAACGCGCUGCAUUACACUGACUUUGAACAUGGCGUGUCAUCGGAAAAUAACCCGGUGACACAAACCGACUUUGAAACGUUGUGGAAGAAAAUGAAUGCGUUUGUGAGGGAGAAGGCAAUUCAAAUUGGGCAAUCAGGAAUGCAACCAAUUAUUUUGGCGACACCACGUUUAGCAUCGGAACAGUGCAUCGACUGCAUCGCGACUCUCGCCAAAGUGCAAGACCAAAAACGGGGUGUUUUUAAAACAAUUUACGCAAUCGACGACUUCAUUAACGCGAUAAAUAAAUUGGUGCAACACGAGAUCAACUCGAUCGAGAUAUUUAAUUUCUACAAGCCUAUGUUUGGAGACUGUGACAAAAGUUGUAUGUGUUCCUUCCAUCAAACCCACAUGAAAAAGUCUAUUUCAUGUUCAAAGACAAACACAGAGUAUUUCACUGUUGCACUCUACUACUUUUACAAAAACGUAAAACAAACACUCGACCAAUUAUUUCAACCACCACAACCGGUAAAACAACAGGUUGUACCUCCUUAUUACUGA